UGGGUCAGGUAUGAUGGUUACGUCAUGAUCUUGAAUUUGGAGCUCACUUUUGCUGACUUUUGAUCCUUUGCGGUACCGUUCCCAAUUCAGACACGAACUGGAAAGUCGUAUCCUUGCGAUACCAUUCCCGAAUCACACACGAACUGGACCAUUUCAAGCCCAAGAAAACAUGGACAGACAGGACCUUCUUGGAUAUUAGUUCACAUGGUCAGGUAUCUUGUCCUGAAGCUGUUAACUAAGAGACCAUCUAGAUUCCGUGGACGGUUUGGAAAUCGAUCAGUUAGUCUUGUACAAAAUUUAUACGUAGGAAAUAUCACUUCAAAUAGGACCAGAUCUGGUCACCUAUUUUGGCCCAUAUUGUUUGGCACGGCAAGUUUUCCCAAUAGAACCUUCUCUUUGGACAAUUCCAUUCCAUCCCCUCCCCUGUUUCCAAGUCAAAUUCCACCCAAUUCUUGUAUUUUAUUUUUUUAAUUACCAUGACCGCUGCUGUAGAUGUAGAAUAAAAAUCAAACCACCAUCUCCACCUUCUCUUCUGCUACCCAAAUUCCUCUUUCCAGCCUUCUCUUCCUCCCUGUCCCUUACCGGAGCGGAAAUGAUUCAGCAAAGCUCCUUCGCGAGCUUAAUACCUCUAUGCCUCUUCUGCAUCGCCCUCAUCCUGAUCCAAGUCCCGGCAUCUCUCGCGGCCGACAAAGCUGAGUAUACAAACUGCAGCGCCCCAAUCCAAUGCGGCACCGCGCAGAAUGUGAGCUACCCUUUCUGGGGAGUGAAUCGGGCGGACUACUGUGGUCUCUCGUCGGAUUUCCAGCUAACCUGUGUAGAUGACACAAGCCUGCAGAUCAAUAUCUCAGGGCUAAGCUACCGAGUCCUUCGGGUGGAUAACUCCUCCCGUCUCUUCACCGUAGCGAGAGCGGAUUACAACAGCACCAUCUGUCCCCAGUAUCUCCAUAACAGCAGCAUAGAUACGAACAUUUUCUCCUACAGCUCAGACACAGUGGCGACCAACCUGACUCUCUAUUACGGCUGUGAUACUCCGCCCGCGUCAGUCUCGCAAUCCCUGAACACUACGAGUCAGUUCAAGUGCUCGGUCAAUGGCAGUACUGAUAGUCCUGGAUAUUUCCUAACAAGGAGCCCAGAAGAUAUCACCGUUGUUGGUGUGUCAAUCGGGGCACAACUCACGAGUUACUUUGGGAGUUGCGACACGAGUGUUGUCGUGCCAGCGAACAGGUCAGCAAUUCAGACGAUAGAGGAUCUUCCAACUCAGGCCAGCGUGGAGGCGGCUCUUGAGGCCGGUUUCGGGCUGCAGUGGGCGGCGAAUGAUAGCGGUAGAUGCCAGGCGUGCAUCCAAUCAGGCGGUCAAUGCGGGAGGGAGCCAAAUUUGGUUGAUUUCGCAUGCUAUUGUUCCGAUAAGUCCUACUCAUCCACUUGUGGAGGGAGCAAGAAUCAAGUAACUCUCGGCAUAGGCCUUGCUCUUGCUGGAGCUGGUCUUACUGGCCUUCUGCUUGGGUUCUGGAUCUUCUCUAUUAGAACAAAGAAGAGGAGAAUAAGAGAAGCUGCAGCUGCAGCUGCUUCUGCUGCAGAGAGUCGAAGCAAGGACAUCUCCGGCCCUCCUCCUUCGAGUAAAGGAAUCCUGCCAAUUUCCACGACCAGUUAUUCCCGAACCACCCCUUCUUAUCCAUCUUCAAAGUCCGACCUCGAAAAGGGCAGCACCUAUUUCGGAGUUCAGGUGUUCAGUUAUGUGGAGUUAGAAGAGGCCACUCACAAUUUUGAUCCUGCUAGGGAACUUGGAGACGGUGGAUUUGGAACUGUUUACUACGGUGAGCUGCACGAUGGACGAGUAGUUGCAGUGAAGCGUCUUUAUGAGAACAACAUGAAACGGGUUGAGCAGUUCAUGAAUGAAGUUGAAAUCCUUACUCGGUUAAGGCACGAGAACCUCGUGACUCUGUAUGGGUGCACCUCGAGAAGGAGCCGGGAGCUCUUGUUAGUCUAUGAGUUCAUCCCGAACGGAACGGUUGCCGAUCACCUACAUGGGAAGAGAGCUGGCUUGGGUUUGGUCCCGUGGAAGGUCCGACUGAACAUAGCGAUCGAGACUGCUGAUGCAUUGGCCUACCUUCAUGAGUCUGAUGUCAUACACCGUGAUGUUAAGACAAACAACAUCCUUCUAGACAACAAUUUCCGCGUCAAAGUGGCUGAUUUCGGCCUGUCGAGAUUGUUCCCCAACGACGUCACCCAUGUGUCCACAGCCCCGCAGGGAACCCCGGGCUAUGUCGAUCCGGAGUACUACCAGUGCUACCAACUCACAGACAAGAGCGAUGUGUACAGCUUCGGGGUUGUCCUCUGCGAGCUCAUCUCAUCAAAACCUGCAGUGGACACAAACAGACACCGCCAUGAUAUAAACUUGGCAAACAUGGCAGUUAACAAGAUACAAAACCACACACUUCACGAGCUGGUCGAUCCUUCUCUAGGAUUCGAGGGAGAUUAUUCGGUGAGGAGGAUGGCAACUCUGGUGGCAGAGCUGGCUUUCAGGUGCUUGCAGCAGGAGAGGGACAUGAGGCCCACUAUGUUGGAAGUCUUGGAAGCCUUGAGAAGGAUAAAGAACGAGGGGAAUAGUUUUCAGAGCGGUGAGGUUGUCGAGAUGGACAUUCGGUCGUCUGAUGAUACCGGUUUUCUGAAGAACAACGUUGUCCCUCCCCCGUUUUCACCCGACUCAGCUUUGACCGAUAAAUGGGUCAGCAACUCUAAUACCCCUAAUUCCUUCUAGUCUAGCAGGCGAGUUGUCCUUUCCGGGUUCUUUUUUGCAUGAAUUUAUAGAAUAGAUGUGGCGCACACAAUUUAGAGUCGUAAUUUGUAUGUGUUUGAACGGUGAAGCAUUCGAUAUCAUUGUACCAUUAGCUCUAUCUCUUCUCUUGAUUGUCCAUAGGAGAUAAAUGGGAGAGGCAACAGGGAGAAUUCGAGGGCAAUGUACAUACGCAUAAGUAAUGGAGCCAAUGACUAUGAAUGUCGUGAAAUUGUUCUCCUCCCA